AUGCGUAAGGGUAAUGUUAAAUUAAAGUUCUACUAUGCUGCCGGAACGUGUGUCACGCUGUCAAGGGAUGUUGCGGAGAGCUUUGUGUCGUACGAGCCGCUGCAAUUUAUGGUGCGCCUGCCGUACACCAAGGAGCGUGAGGCGGAGUUUGUUGCCUUGAAUAUGUCCCACGAGGACAUGAUGAUUGGGCGCAUUUUGUACGAGGCACAGAUCCCAAAUUAUACGCUUGUAAGAGAAAGGGCGUGUCGCUUUCACAAUCUUCGGUAUGGAUGGCCUGUUCGCCCUCUAACUAAAUCCUCAGUGGUGGUCCACGACACCACCGAGAGUGAGUUCAUUGAGAUGAUGGAGCGCUUCACGAACGACACAGCGCCCACUGCAAAACCCUAUAGACGUAUCAAACAUUUUUUCAUUUUCGAUUGUUGA